GUCGGCUCGGUACCAGGUGAUUACGUCUAUGGAGUUUUUUUCGUAAGGUAGGCUCCAGUGUUCUCGGGACGCUAAAGCAUGAUUUUUCUGAUUGCGUUCCUCGCGAGUGCUGCGUCGGUGAGCGGUUUGUUCCUGGGCGUGUCGCGCGCAAACCUGUACACAUACCCGCCUGGAAUACUGCUUGAAGACGAGUCGGAGUAUGACUUCAUAGUGGUGGGCGCGGGGGCGGCGGGGAGCGCGGCGGCGGCGCGGCUCGCGCUCGCCGGACAUGAUGUUCUGCUGCUCGAGGCGGGCGGAGACCCUGACCCUAUCUCUAAGAUUCCCUCCGCAUCAAUGGGUCUACUGGGCUCUCCAAUAGAUUGGCAGUACAAGACGCUGCCUAAUAAUAAAUCUUGCCUGUCGAUGCGCGGCCGCCAGUGCCAUUUCAAUCGCGGCAAGUGCCUCGGCGGCUCCACCACCAUCAACUACAUGCAGUACACGCGUGGCAGCCGCUGCGACUACGACAACAUCGGCGUCCCCGGCUGGACCUGGAAGGACCUCAAACCCUACUUUCUUCGCUACGAGGGUCUUCAGGUUUUGGAUAAGUUCCCUCGCUCCUCCAUCCCUUACCAUAACACCAGCGGCCUCAUGAAGAUCGAGUACUUUGAUGAUCCUCAAAUUCCGUGGCGUGGGAGAUUCAUCGAAGGCAUGAUGGCGCUUAAUUAUCCUUACAAUAGAGAUGUGAAUGGAAGAACUCAAAUAGGAGUUUCGAAGAUCGUGGGGUAUGUGUACGAGGCUGAGCGGAUGAGCACUGCACGAGGAUACCUCGCGCGCGAUGACGUUAAGACCAAGCUCAAAGUCGCCAAGCAUGCGUACUGCACUGGUGUCAUUAUCGGAAAAGGUAACGUGGCACAAGGCGUCACUGUCGUGCAGAACAAUGUUACAUACAGAAUUUACGCGAGGAGAGAGGUGAUAUUGAGCGCAGGCGCCGUCGGCACCCCCCAGAUACUCCAGUUGUCGGGCAUCGGCCCCGCCGACCACCUCCGCCAGAUGGGUAUACCUGUGCGUGUAGACCUGACCGUGGGGAACGACAUGAGCGACCACGUGCUGCCACUGAUGUUGAUACUGGUAGACAAGAAUGCGAGUAUAAUUGGGGAUCUGCAGGAAGUGGCCGGCGCCGCGAUCUCGUUCGGACAGUAUAUCAUCUCUCGUACAGGUCGGCUCGCCUCAAAUGGUAUUACUGAUGUUCUUGCAUUCUCUAAUAUGGAUUGCUAUGAUGAAGAGACACGACGACUGCAGACCAACGGAUCGUGCUGCGAGCUGCCCUCCUUGCAACUUAUUUGUGCUUACAUCGAUCGUAAGCUCUUGCAACUUGGCAAACCGUUUUUCCAGAAUGCAAUUAACUUUAACGAUGACGUCAUCGACCAGAUAAGUGAAGUUAACGGCGAUUACGCGAUAAUCGUGAUGUCUCCUAUCAUUCUGCAACCGCAUUCCCGCGGGAAUAUACGUUUGGCGAGUUCGGACCCACAGCAACCACCCGCCAUCUUUCCCAAUUACUUAGGCGACUCGCGCGAUGUGGACGCCAUGCUGAAGGCCAUCACGGUGGUGGAGCACUUGGUAGAGACGCCGCCGUUCAAGCAAAACAACGCGUCGAUUUUCCACAUCAGGUUGCCGUGUCCAUCGAUCGAGACGGAUAAGGCGGGGUACUGGCGGUGCUACGUGCGGCACAUGACGUACGCGGUGUUCCACGCGGCGGGCACGUGCGCGCUGGGGCGGGUGCUGGACGGCGAGCUGCGCGUGCGCGGCGUGCGGCGGCUGCGCGUGGCCGACCUCAGCGCGCUGCCGUACGUGCCGCGCGGCAAUACUGAGGCCGUCACCAUCGCCAUCGGGGAGAGAGUCGUCGACUUCGUGCUCCAGGAUAUUUCAAACUCCUAA